UCGAGUGCGGAAGCGAAAACUCAGCUCCUCCGGUCCGAGGUGCCAUUUUCUUGAAUGGCCGCCCCACGCUAGAGUCUGUCUGUCUGUCUGUGUGUGUUAAGUGUGAGCGCGAAAGAAGUUCGGCGGCAAAGCAAAAUAGUGGAGCAUAAAGGCCAAGUGAAGAAACUACAUGAAGAAACUACAUAAAGAGAGACGACGACGUUCUUGCUUCUGUUUCUGUGAUUGUGUUGGUGGCCCUUCUACCUCCGGGCUACCUGUGAAUUCGUUAACUCUGUUGUUGUGACGCCUUGCGUGCCGUGGGUUGAGGCAACAACAUGCAAAAAUAGUGACCAGCCAAGAAUGUGCCAGAUGCGAUAAAAAUAAUCUCAUGUACGGAGUAGAGCAGCAAACAAGCUAAUUUGGAGGAGGAACCGAAAAUAAAGGCUAAAAAUGACAAUUACGUACACAGGUGAAGUGGCCACUUGCCGGGGCUUUGGCUGCUUUCUCAAGUUACUGCUCAGAUGGAGAGGAAGUAUCUACAAGCUAGUGUGGCUGGAUCUGCUGGCCUUCCUAACUAUUUACUAUGCGAUCAACAUGGUGUAUCGCUUUGCCCUAAACGAUGCCCAAAAAACUACCUUCGAAGCCAUUGUUAUGUACUGCGACAGCUACAGCGAACUGAUCCCGCUUUCAUUCGUUCUGGGCUUCUAUGUGUCCAUUGUGAUGACCCGGUGGUGGAACCAGUACACCUCCAUUCCCUGGCCAGACCCCAUUGCAGUCUUUGUCAGCUCCAAUGUUCAUGGCCAGGACGAACGAGGUCGUGUGAUGCGGCGCACAAUCAUGCGAUACGUCUGCCUCUGCCUUACCAUGGUCCUGGCCAACGUCUCCCCGAGGGUGAAAAAGCGGUUCCCCGGUCUGAACAACCUGGUGGAGGCCGGCCUUCUCAACGACAACGAGCGGACCAUCAUCGAGACCAUGAACAAGGCCUUCCCGAGACCUUCGAAGCACUGGCUGCCCAUCGUCUGGGCCGCCAGCAUCAUCACAAGAGCCAGGAAAGAGGGUCGCAUCCGAGACGAUUUCGCCGUGAAGACGAUCAUCGACGAGCUGAACAAGUUCCGAGGCCAGUGCGGCCUGCUCAUCAGCUACGACACGAUCAGUGUGCCCCUGGUGUACACCCAGGUGGUCACCCUGGCGGUCUACUCCUACUUCCUGACGUGCUGCAUGGGCAAGCAGUGGACCGACGGCAAGAUGGUGGGCAACACCUCCACCUUGAACAAGGUGGACCUGUACUUCCCAGUCUUCACCACGCUGCAGUUCUUCUUCUACAUGGGAUGGCUCAAGGUGGCCGAGUCUCUGAUCAAUCCUUUCGGCGAGGAUGAUGACGAUUUCGAGGUAAACUGGAUGGUGGACCGUAAUCUGCAAGUCUCCUAUCUGAUCGUUGACGAGAUGCACCACGACCAUCCGGAGCUGCUGAAGGAUCAGUACUGGGACGAGGUGUUCCCCAACGAGCUGCCCUACACCAUUGCCGCUGAGAGGUUCCGCGAAAACCACCCAGAACCGUCCACUGCCAAGAUCGAGGUGCCCAAGAACGCGGCCAUGCCCUCGAACAUGUCCAGCGUUCGCAUCGAUGAAAUGGUUGGUAAUACUAACGGCGGCAACACCGCCGCCGCUCCGGAUGUAAAACCGCCGGGUACGACUCCGGUUCAGGUCUCGGGGCAAUCCGAGCUGCCGCAAAGCGUGCAGUCCGUUACCUAUGAUUUCCCAAAGGGCUCGCCAGAUGAGGAGGCGGAUGAUGCCAGUGGCAUACACUUCUCGGCGGGCAACGGAAAGAUGCGACUUGGCUCCUCGCCGUCGCUGGUUAGUGUUUCGGGCACCCUUUCCCGGGUGAACACUGUGGCCUCGGCGCUUAAGCGAUUCCUGAGUCGCGACGAUAGCAGGCCGGGAUCGGCCACGCCCAGUGAGGACCAGAAACCCUACCGUUUCCCAGCCAGCGCCAGUUCAGCCAGCCUCACCGGCAAUGUGGGAUCAGCGACAUCGGCAGGAAAACCGCCGGGCAGCUUGAGAAUUACCCAGCAGGUCAUCGAGGAGGUGGACGAGCAGGCCACCAUUACGUCCAUGAGAGCCAACGAACCGCGCCCGAAUAUCAUGGAUAUCUUUGCUCCGACGUCUACGUCCGCAGGAACUGCCCCCCUGCAACCUCCUCCUGCCCACUCCGAACCCGUCGACAUACCACAAAGGCCUCCAACCUACAGCCGAGCCCAAUCCCAGUACGAGCCCACUCUGUUCCCGCCCGGUGGCGUGGACGCCCUGCUCAGCACAUCGGCUCCCGCCGGUGGAAGCCCGUCUAUGCUCUCCACGGCCGCCACGGCACCCAGUUCCCCCGUGGGAGAUAGCUCCAAGUCCCUGUACGAUCCCCAGAAUGCUGCCAGCCGGGAGACGGAGAGGCCCGAUGCCCCGCAGGUUUUCAGGUGGUUCAUCACGCCCGUGGAAAAUAUCGAUCUGCGGGCUUCGCAAGACCUUCUGGUCAAUGCGGGAGCUGCCGAGCCGGAAGUGGACGAGGGCGAUGAUUUCGAGAAGCUGAAGGCUGCUCGCGAAAAGGAGAAGCUGAUGCGCCAACAAAAAAAUCUGGCCAGGACUAUAAGCACGGCCCCUGGAGUGGAUCCUACGGCCGUGCCCUUGGUCCCGGUUAUCCCAGUGGCUGUUCCAGUGCCUCAAGCGAAUCUACCAGAAAUCCCCUCCAGUGCCGACCUCCUGGCUGGCGGAGAACUCGUCCCAAGUUCGACGAUGAAGUCGGAGGAUGCCAUUAAUGGCAGUUGAAGUGAAGCAUAGUAUUUUUUUGUUUGAUAGUUUAAGUCGUUAGUGCAUUAUUUAACUACCUAGGCUUAUAAGCUGAAUACCUAUACGAUAUAGUAUAUGCCGCUGAAAUUGAGGAUAUGCAGAUUUACGGACAUUUACAAGAAUGCUCAUAAACUAGACGUUCGAAACGAGCUUGAGCUUAAGUGAGCGUGGACACAAAUUAACGCAGUUAAUAACAAAUACUAAUGUAUAAGUAGAAAGUGAUUUACAUUUUAUAAACAUAAGUUCUUUUGUAAAUGGCUAAAAUAAA